AUGAGCCCUCUCGACUAUCUGAACGUUGGCAUGCUGCUCACCGGCGCUCUUGUCCUGCUGCUCGGCUGUGGAGGCAAGAAGAAGGCCCCGUGAGGUUCUCUCACUUCUUCGAGAUCCUAAGAACACUUUCCAGACCAUCAAAGACUCCGUCCAAAAUGACGCCACCACCACCGGCUCCUGCUCCGCCCGCACCUCCUGCGCCCGCAGCUGAUCCCGCUGCUCCAGCAGCUGAUGCCGCUGCGCCCGCAGCUCCGGAUGCUCCAGCUGCGGAAGGAGAGAAGAAGGAAGAAAAGAAGGACGAAGAGAAGAAGGACGAAGAGAAGAAGGACGACAAGGAGAAGAAGAGUGAGAAGAAGGCGGAAGACAAGGAUAAGAAGAGCGAAAAGAAGGAUGACGAGAAGAAGAGCGAAGUGAAGGAUGCGGACAAGAAGGACGACGAAAAGAAGGACGACGAAAAGAAGGACGACGAAAAGAAGGAUGAAAAGAAGGAAGAAAAGAAGGAGGAAAAGAAGGAAGACAAGAAGGAGGAAAAGAAGGACGAAAAGAAGGACGAAAAGAAGGACGAAAAGAAGGAGGAAAAAAAGGAGGAAAAGAAAGAAAAGUCGAAGAAAUCGAAGAAGUCGAAGAAGUCUUCGAAGUCCAAGAAGUCCAAGAGGGAAAAGAAGGAAGAAAAGAAGGAUGACGACAAGAAAGAGGAAGAGAAAAAGGAAGAUGAGAAGAAGGAUGACGUGAGUUUGAAUGGAUCCUUUCUCCCAGGCUGAUAUUGUCUGUUUUCAGGACAAGAAAGAGGACGACAAGGAGGACAAGAAGGAGUGA